CCAAAUCCACGGAACCUUCAGCCGUUCCGUCCUUCUCUUAGCUUGGCAUUCGUUUCUGCUAUCUUGAGACAGAUAGAAAGAUAGAUAGAUACCCCAAUGGGCUGGGAUGACGCUGAACGGGCGACACAAGCGAUCUCGAUCCCGGAGUCCCUCCCAACAUCAGGGAUCACCCAUCCAACGACGACGACGACGACGACGACAUCGACCUCAAUCCCAGGAUCAUGCCGAAGAAGGAUCGGACCGGGAGUUGGAUUUGUCUCGGGAACUCCAUCCCAUUGGUUACUACAUCAAUGAUCGCGAGGCCAUGCUCAACGAGGUGUUGUCCGUGGUCAAGGGCGCCAAGUUCAAGGCCAUGCUCACUUCUACUCUGCGGAAUCUAGAUCCGGAGCGGCUGAAGGCCCUCUUCCUCGAGCAGCUCGAGGGCAUGUCCAAGAAGCGCAUCAAAUAUGUCCUAGCCGGGCAAGAAAUGGACGAAUCGUCCGAGACUGAAGAUGAAGCUGAUGAAGAUGGAGAAGAAGAGGACCUUCAAGUCCCAUAUAAACACGAAGUGGAUCCUGAACCAGUGGCCAAGGAUGCUCCACGGCCUAAAAGCUCCACACAGGCUGAUAAUGGGACCGAAAGCGAGGAUUCUUUGGAUGACAAUGGCUUUAUACAAAGGAAGAUCAGACCUCCCAAAGCGCCAGCGAAUCGUCCCCAGACAAUCAGUAUCCCCUUGGCCGAAGCGAACAGUCCGGAUCCACCUGUUCAGAACAAAUCGGGGGGUCAAUCCCAAUUAGAGCUCCUUGAAUUGGAAAUGCGGGCGAAAAUGAUCAAGGCUCUGCUGAAGAAGGCCAAUCAAGGCGAUGAGUCAGUGAAUCCUGUGGUGCCCGAAGAAAAAGCUGAGGCUCCUGAGAGCCAAAAGGUCGAGAUUGAAAGCCUGGUCAAAGAGGAAAAGCGAUUGAUUAAAGCCCGAGAAGUCCUAAUGGUAUCAGAGGCCAAGAAAAAAGAGGAAUUGGACGCUAGGCAAAGAAAAGAACAGGAAUUGCGACAAAUGCUCGAGGAGCACCAAAGACAGCGAGAAGAACAAUCUGAACGAGAACGAAAAGCCAAGGAAGCCGAAGAGGAAAAGGCUCGGAAGAAGGCCCGCAAGGAGGAAGAAUAUCAGAAGUUUCUUAUAUGGAAAGCGGAAAAGAAGAAAAAGGACGAAGCCCGGAGGAUCCAAGAAGAACAAAAUCGACGAAGAGACCACCAACGACAAACCAAAAAUAAGUUGAAGCAAAUGAGCGAGAAGAUGGAACGAACCCAAGACCAUUCAAAGACCGCGAUAAAAGUCAAGCGCAAGAGAAUUGCCAGGGAAACUGUUGAAGACGAGCUGACCCUGGAUUAUAGUAGCUUCGACGAGGAUGACCAGAGUUCGUCCGGACAGCUAAAACGGCGAUAUCGAAAGAAAGGUGUCAAAGAAGAAGGCGAAACCUCGGAUGCGCCUUCGACCUUGCAACCUAAAGAAAAAGGCCGUGAAGAUUCGUUAACCUUGUCAUCGGCUUCGGAGCCUGAUGAAAGAGCGGAUUAUAAUCUCGCUCGAAUCCGUGCCCGACGAUUGGCUCGAGUGGAAGAGAUCCGGGGAGUGCGUCGGAAAAAGAAGCCGGCCACGGAAAUCGAAGAUGGCGAAGUGGAUUCCGAGGGCGAGCAUUUCGAACCCGUUCAAGCUCCAUGCGAGACCGGGAAAGUAGACGCAAGUGAUUCCUUGGAGGAUGAAUCCGGGGAUUGGGCAAAAUAUGACUUGAUUAGUGUUCAGAAAGUUGAAGUUUCUGCCCAAGGGCGGUCUGAAGUCAUACCUAAAAAGAAGAAAAAGAUCAAGCGAAAAGAAGGUCACGUGUUCAUUGAUGAUGAUAGCGACAAUGAGAAAAUCGUUUCGAGCGACGAGGAACGAGAUGCCGCAAAGGAAUCGGUCCCUGAACCUCGUGACCCCGACCCCAUUCGAACACCUCAGGAAGAAGGCAAUCGUGAACCAGAUUCCUUUGAGGAAGUUGAAUCUAGACAAAGGGAGGAAUUGGAGGAACGGAAGAGGAUUGAGAAAAUGGAAAAACUUCGCGAGGACCGAAUCCGACGCAUGCACGCAUUCCAAGCUCGUACUGAAAUCGAAGAUCAAUCUAACCCACAGGACGAAGAAUCCUCCGCUGAAGAAGAGCAGAUUGCUCCGGAGGACAGCCAGAAACAAUCACAAAUGGACAAUGUGGACAUCAAACCUAAGGAGGAAAAUGAGAAAUCUGACCAACUAGCGGACAGCCUUGGGGAAAGGGAGAAACCUUCAGAAAUUCCUCUGGAAGAGACAGGGAAUACACCCAGUGAACCCCCAAUUGAGGGCCAUCUCGAAGUCCCUGAACCGGAAACUGAAGAGACUAACUACUCACAGGAAAAAGAUCCCGGUUUCUAUCAAUCGUUUCUGGAGGAGGAGCGAAAGCAAAUUGCGCUGAGGCAAAAGGUCGAGGCCGAAAAGGAAGAAAAAGAAAAGCAAGAACAAGAAGAAAGGAAAAAGAGACGAGAUGAAACGGAACUGGAACGAAAAAAAAAAGAAGCAGUGGAACUGGAAUUGGCUACCCGUCUGGCACCUGUUGCUGAGAAAACUUUGGAGGAAAAGAAACUAGAAGGCAUAGGAUAUUGGAAGGAGCAAAUGGCCAAUCAGCCCGAACCUCUUAUGGAGACCCAGCCAGAAAAAGUCGAUGAGCCUGCACAAGCUAGCAAGCCCAGUUGUAGCAAUCAGGAUUUACCUUCCAAGGCUGACGUGGACCGACAACAGGAAGAGAUGGAGAGUCUCACCUGGGCGGAUCGAUGGUAUCAGAACAAAAAGGUACAAAAAGUGGUCAAGGAUAGCAAGAUGAUGAGUCGAGUUCGCACUCAGAUCAAACUUAAGGACUUCAAGUUGCCGCCUCCAACCGAAGAUCAGGAAGAGGAUGGCACUGCCAAAGUCAAGGAUCUGCCCAACGUGAUUGGUUCCAUGGAGGAGUACGACAAACUCCUGGGCAAGGGUCUCAAUGAUGAGGCACUAAAACAACCACUGGCCUUGAAAUCAAAUGAAGACGACGAAUCCGAUGAAGAUGAGAACGACGAUCUUUGGGGCGCGAUUAUGGGUGACAAAGAAGAGGAUCAAGAAGAGACAGAGGGUAAUGAGUGAUGUUUAAUAGUUGUUGUUGUUGUUGUUGUUGUUUACGUUGUGUACGUUGAUGUCAAGAUUAACACAGAUACACGUUCAAA